UCUGUCAAUGUUGUCAAUCGGUUAAUCGGGUUAAUAAAAAAAUAGAUGAAUUUUUAAAAAAUAAUUAAACAAUGGGCAUUACACACGAGGUAGAACUCCCAACCGAGGAGCAAUUAACAGUCCAAGAAAUCAAUUUAUCUGGCCCAGCCCUUAAAGCGGGAGCUUUUCAUUUAGGGAAAGCCUGUGAAUGGGAAAAUAAUGAAUUUAUAUUAUGUCGCGAUGAACUAAAAGAUGCUAGAUGUUGUCUCGAUGAAGGCAAGGCUGUCACAAGUUGCGCAUUGAAUUUUUUCCGAAAAAUCAAAAAGACUUGUGCUGAUGAAUUUAUGCAAUAUGUACAUUGUUUGGAUAAAUCUAGUCCUGAUCAACAGUUUACGCCAUGCCGAAACACUCAAGCUGUAUUUGAUAAAUGCGUGAAGGACAAUUUAGGUUUGGACAGACCUCCAUAUGACUACUUUGCUAGAGUCCAUGUUCACGAAACUGAAAGACCAAGACCUGAAAAGGAAGGACCUGUUCUAUACCCAGAUGCUACUCCUGGAUUACCAAAAGAUGCUCCCAGGCCAGCUGCCAAAUAUGGAUCAAGAUAUUUAUGGAUGUGGUAAAUGGAAGUUAUUGUCACUUAAUAAGUGAUUUGUAGUUUCUACUUUAUUUAGUUUUAUUGUAAAUAAAUAAUACAUGUACUAAAUGAUUUUUCUUCCAUUGUUUGUGCUAAUAAGCAGCAGCAGUUAAAAUUAAAAAUAAAGGUCAAAAAUGUACUCUUAAGUAAAUAUAGUUUAUUUUAAAAUCACAGUCUUUUUCAUACCUUACAGAAAUAAAUGCAGUACUUACAAACAAAAUUUAUAUAAAACAAUCGGAGUAAUAUAUCCUACAUAAUUUAAUUUCAUUAGAAAAUAAUAUAAAGUAUAAAAUAUGUUAAACUAGUUUUUAAAUUACAAUUUUAUAUUGUCAAAUAUUCCAAGCCCCAAAGGUUUAAACUAAAAUAAUGUACAAUUUAUAAAUUUUACAAUGAUUAAGUUGAAUUGCGACAAUUUAUAAUAUCAACCAUAAAUUGUCACAAUAUUUGUUGCUUAAAUUCUAUCCAAAUUAGCUAUUUUCAUAAAUCGAUUAUACCAGGAGAGAGCAAUAAAUAAGGGGAGCAAAUAUAAUUGCUAUCGAAUUUAAAUUGUCAAAAAUACAAAUCCAUUUAAGGGGAUCGAAUAGUAAAUUGCUUUUUAAUCCCUAAAAAGUCGUAUUUAUUUUGAAUAAGUAACAUUUUAUUAUUUGGAAUUUAGUGAUAGUUUAAGUCUACAAAGUGAGAACUAAAAUGGUUCGUAUUUAGUUCUGUUAAACAUUUUUAAAAGGCAAUGAGUGCAUUAUUGUUAAAUUAUGUUAAAAAAUGAUACAUAUACAACUUUGUAAAAAGAGAAAACUCAUAAAAUAAAAGAUAAGAUUGAUAAGAGAUCAAACAUGGAAGGUUUACUAUAUAUAUAUACAGAGAGUCCAACUAGAACAAAAAUGACUGUUCUGAAUUCACUAAAACAAUAAAAUGGAGGUGAACAAGGACUGACAGAAGAUAUCAAACGAGAUAUUACAAAGAAGGGACUGUAGUAUGUAUAUAUUAAUAAGAUUUUAUUACUCUCUGCUGGACGCAAAAUGAGUAGUAAGUACAAAUUAAAAAUUGUAGACAAUGAAGUCAAUUUAACAACUGACAACAUUUUUAAUAAUCUCUAAAGUUUGCUAAAUGAUUAAAGACGGUUAAAAUAAAAAAAAAAAUCGAAGGACGUAACAUAAGAGAUUCGCAAAAGUUACAUAAGUAGAAAAAAACAAAAAAAAACAAUUUUUAAUUUCUUUUUUUGGCGUUUAAGAAGUAAAAUCCAUUCCGUUUUAUUUUAAAUUCUCUGAAAAUUGUAAAUAUAUAACGAUUUCGUAUUAUAUGAUCACAGAAGUGAAUAACAAAUUAAAAAAAAUGUUUGAGCUUAAAUGUAAUAAUAUUCUGAUUAAAUGUUAGCGACAGUGUAGUCCGAAUUUAAUUAAAAACGCUCCAAAUGGGGCACAACAUUGCAAAUUGCAAUCUUUUUCCUAUAGGUUUUAGGUUAGUUAAUAUCUUAAAUUCUCUAAAAAUAUAUGUAUUUUUAAAUAUGUUGUAUCAAGGAUGCAUAAGUCUUACAGGAUGGACUCGAAUCAAACCAUCCCUUAGUUAUUAAUGGGUCCAGUAUUGCCGAAUAUCGAUUAGAAUGAAAAAUUGUUUCAUAUUAGCAAAAUAAUAGGGGUUAGCAAUUUGAAAAAUUAAUGUUACCGGUGGUUUCUAGAAGGUGAUUUGACAAUAGGCCAUUAAGAUUGAUUUUU